AUGACCGAAGAGCAUUCUUCCUUAAGCCGAAGCACGGUUCUCGUGACUGGUGGCAGUGGUGGUCUUGCCAGCCAGAUCCUCCAGCUCUUCUCACAGCGUGGUUGCAAAAGUCUACACUCGAUUGAUCUUCGGCAGCCUUCUCAUCUUCUUAAUGGUGUUACAUACCACUUAGGAGACCUUACAGAUGUCAACGCGAUGCGACAGAUCUUCCAUGGUGUCAAACCUGAUGUCGUAAUUCACACCGCCAGUCCCAAAUUCGACACACCAAGUCAUAUCAUGUAUAAAGUCAACGUGGAGGGCACUAGGAACUUGGUCCAGAUUGCGCAAGAUGCUGAUGAGACCUACCCCAUCAUUCUCGGCGACCAGCAACCGGAAUUCUACGUUCACACCAAAGCUCUUGCUGAGAUAUAUGUACUUUCACAGAAUCGUCGGUCGGUAGACACUGACACCUCGCCCCAUUUCCUGACCUGCGCGAUCCGGCCUUCCGGUAUCUUUGGUGUCGGCGACCUGGUCGUGCUCCCUGGUAUUCUGCAUGUUUAUUUCAGAGGCCAGACGAAGGUGCAGAUUGGUGAUAACAAAAACUUAUUCGACUUUACCGAGAACACGAACGUGGCAUACGGUCACUAUCUUGCUGCCGCCGCGCUGGUCAGAUGCCAAAACAACCUCCCUGAGGACGACGCCAAGGUGGAUGGCGAGGCAUUUUUUAUCACCAAUGAUGAACCUCGAUGCUUCUGGGACUUUACACGGCUGGUUUGGGGGUUUGCAGGGGACACAACGCGGCCGGAACAAGUAUGGGUGAUCAGUCGAACGUGGGCGUUGCUGCUGGCUGGAUUGUUGGAGUGGAUCUUCUGGGCUCUUCGCCUAGGCCAAGCACCUCUGACAAGGACCAAAGUCCGGCUCAGCUGCAUGACAAGGUAUUUCUGCAUUGACAAGGCGAAGAAAAGACUCGGGUAUAAGCCUCUGGUCGGGCUUGAGGACGGACUAAGGACUGCGGUUGAAGAUUGUGUUAGACGGCGGAUGGCAGCACAAAGCACCCCUCUAAACACAGGCAAUGCGAAGGAAAAGGGGCAAUGA